GUUUGAAGUUGAUAUACUGUACAAUAAAUAAGCUUGAUUUUAAAUAGAUGACAUACAUUUAUUAGACUUUAACAUUUUAAAGUCUCAUUUUCCCAGUAUUUUUAACCACUGAAAUAAACAUAUAAUAUACAUACUGGAUGUAACAGAAUGUAUAUUUAUUAAGAUUAAGUGUUUCUUAAAUUUUGUCAAUUCCUAUAGUGACCAAAAGGAAUAUUUUUGAAGGCGGGAUAUAUUUGCAUUCAUGAACAAGAAUUUUCAGGAUUAAUAUGCAGAGUGUAACAGCAGUUUUCUGUUUUUGCUUGAUUCGAUGCGCCCAGACAGAAAUUUUCAAUCAUGCCUUUGAACAGGAUCUGGAAAGGUUUAUAGAAAAGACGAUGGAAUGUCGCCAUAUUCCUGGUUUGACAGUGUCUGUUGUUAAAGAUUCAGAAACUUGGACAAGGGGUUACGGCAAAGCAGAUUUAUCACAAGGACGAAUGGUAGACAAUACAACACUGUUUAAUAUAGGAUCGGUUACAAAGUCAUUUACAAUGGUACUUUUAGGAAUUCUGUUGACACAAAAGGGGCUAGACUGGAAUGCAAAGGUGCACGAUAUUCUCGGACCUAAUUACGAGUUUAUAGACGAAUACCGAAGCAAAGAGAUGACACUUCGUGACAUGCUCUCACAUCGGACUGGUCUAGCUCGGCUUGAUAUAGGUAUUUUCUCUGGUUAUCCAGCCGAUAUCACAAGGGAAAAAUUAAGCAUCAAAAUGAAGAACAUGCCACAACUGCUUCCGUUCCGGGAUGGUUUUCUUUACAACAAUUUCAUGUUUAUGAUGCUAGGACAUGUCGCGGAAAAACUCGGUGGAGACACCUGGGAAAACCUCGUUACUUCCAAAGUACUGCGCCCGCUCGGAAUGACUUCCACCCGAAUACUUAAAAAACCAAAAAAUGUGUUAGAAAAUGGCGUUGCUAAACCGUAUAUAUUUAAAGACAAUAUAUUUAAGAAUGCAACACUGGACAUAUAUAGCCUUCAUCCAUGUGAACCAGCUGGAGCUAUACUGUCAACGGGGGAGGACAUGGCUAAAUACAUUAGAUUUAAUCUAAAGGCAGGCUUUACAGAAGAUGGAGAAUCUCUCCUUGACCCGGGAUUACUGUCAGAUGCAUUUACAACAACUACACCAACUGUAGACAAAGCCUUCCUAGAUAGUUACUUUCUAACACACCCAGAAUUUCCAGUCUCAGACACACCUGUAGGAUACGGGCAUGCAUGGUUUACUUCAGCGUACCGGGGAUACCGUAGAAUAUGGCACAGUGGAGGACUUUUUUCGUAUAUAACGCACGUUUGGAUGUUCCCAGACAUUAAUGCAGGAGUUUAUGCAAGUGUCAAUGGUCCCGCUUUGAAUAAGUUGCCGGGUUAUGCUGUACGUACAGUUUUGUAUUACAUUAGUGAUAAACUACUUGGGAAAGAACAAUGGCUCAAUGAAACAACAACAUGUGAGUUUCCACAGCUUUGGCGACAUAAGACCACAAACUCUACAGCACCAGAAUCGUUGGGAAAGUUACAGAAUCCCUCGGAAUACGUCGGGUAUUACGGUAGCCAUUACCUUCCUGGCAUAAAUGUUUCUGCAAAAGUUGGAGAUGCUUCGUCAUUAUCGUUUCAAAUGAACAAACUUGGAGGUAUUCUCCAUUCCACACAAGACAAGGACAGAUUUUUGAUGGAAAUUACCUCCCCUUGGGAAUUUAUGACAGCAUUUUUAGAUGAUAAUAAUGCUACAACAAUGAUAAAUUCAACGUUUGUACGGAAUGAUGACGGCGUUGUACAGUCAUUAGAGCUUCAGUUUGAGGUUAAGGUAGUGUACAGUAAAGGUGUAUCAGUUCUAAACGAUGUGGUAUCUAGUCAAGCUACUGCUACAUACCUUGACCAAUACCAGUUGUUCGUGUGGACUGUUUUGAUAAGGAUCAUGUUGAGCAUAGGUACAUACACCCUCCACCUGCCUAGAUAAAUUCUUGUUGCUUGUGUGGACUUUUGGUAAAUGUUCAUGCUGAGCAUAGGUACACAUAGUGUUUACCUACCUAGAUGAAUAUCUGCUGUUUAUGUGGACUGUUCUUGUAACGCUUGAUUUGAACAUGCGUACAAAUAGCUUUUACCUUCCUAAAUAAAUACCAGCUGUUUGUGUGAAAUGUAAUCGGAAGUCCUGUAUAAGUCCCAAGGUACAUACAACUUCUGCCUGCGUAUAUAAUUUCCAGACGUUUGUGUUUGGAAUGAUAUGGUAGAACUUGUAUUUAUCCUCUGUACAUAUAGUUUCUUCCUACGUAAAUAAAUAUCUGUAUCAUAGUAUAUAAAUCCGACCGACCUGAAGUAUUACUAGUUAUUUGUGUGGAGUGUUAUGGUACAGCUUGUAUUUAUCCUAAGAACCUAAAACCUCUACCUUCCAAGAUAAGUACCAGUUGUUUCAUAUCAUAAUAGAUACGUUUAGUUUCGACCUACGCAAAAUAUCAGUUGUAUGUGUUGAAUGUUAUGGUAAGGUCUGUAUCUAUCCAGGGCACAUACAGCUUCAACGUAAUGAUAUAAUACAGUGGAACCUGUCUAAUCCGAAAAUGCUCGGACCAGGAAAAAAGUUCGAAUCAGAGGGGUUUUCGGAUUAGAAAGGUUUCUAUUUUGGAACGAAAUAUUAUGCUAUUUGUUACACAUGAUGUGUAGAUCCAUCUUUUUGUGUACAGACAAAUUAAAAAUAUUUAAAUUAUAA